CAGGCCUUCAAUGCCGUCUUUAAAGCACUACAAGGGACAUUUGCGUCGAGACUUUUUCGGUGAUGUAGCAGGGCUGAUUGGAGUUCAUGGCAAAAAUUGGGAACUCUUUCGUCAAGAAGUGCAGCAAAUUUUAUUACAACCUCAAACUGCUAAAAAAUAUAUACCACCACUAAAUGAUAUAGCUACAGAGUUUAUGAGCAGAGUCCAUGAAAUGCGGAAUGAAAAUGACGAACUGCCAGCAAAUUUCCUACACGAACUAUACAAAUGGGCACUUGAAUCUGUUGGACGUGUAUUUUUGAACACACGCUUGGGUUGUUUAACACCGAAUGGCAGUGAAGAGUCGCAACAGAUAAUUGAUGCCAUUAAUACAUUUUUCUGGGCUGUGCCGGAGCUUGAAUUACGUAUGCCACUUUGGCGUUUCUAUCCGACAAAAGCAUACAGAAGUUUUGUAAAGGCAUUGGAUAGUUUUACUGAAGUGUGUAUGAAAAAUAUAAGUCGUACUAUGGAUAAAUCCGAAUCUUGCGUGACACCAAAAGAUGAAGCCGAUAUCUCAAUCGUUGAGAGAAUUGUAAAUAAAACUGGUGACCGAAAAUUGGCUGCUAUUUUAGCUUUGGAUAUGUUUUUGGUUGGAGUUGAUACGACAUCGGUUGCAGCUUCAUCAACCAUUUAUCAAUUGGCAAAAAAUCCUGACAAACAGCAAAAACUCUUUGAAGAACUGAAACAAGUAUUUCCUACACAGGAAACAGAAAUCAACCAAAACGUACUCGAACAAAUUCCAUACUUAAGAGCCUGCAUAAAGGAAACAUUAAGAAUGUUUCCCGUGGUCAUAGCGAAUGGCAGAAGUUUGCAGUCAGAUGCUGUCAUAAAUGGUUAUCACAUACCAAAAGGUGUAAGUAUGCCAAUGCCAGCAACAUUACCUACAAUGAAGUUGGCUCUACCAAUGAUUGGUGUACCUGCAACUUCGUUAAUAAUAUUGCUUAUUAUCACACACGAUAAAGAACUUCCAGUUGUACGUUUUCAAAGUAUUAAUGACAAAACACGUUUCAAAAAUUUUUGGUUGAACUUAUUUCAUAGUAUUAAUGAAAUAAUGUGCUCAGAGAAUUGA